CAAAAGUAUUCUCGGAAAAAAAUUAAAAAGUUAAUAGUUGAUUCGUAAAUUUUUAAUUUGAAACCUUACUAUUUUGGUUUUACCACUAAAAGUGUCCGCAAACGAAAAGCUAUUGUUAGGGAAGAAGUGAUGUAACGCUACGUUGAAAGGAAAAAGAAGCUCCGGAGCUAAAAAUUUCCCUUCGCUCUUUGCGACUGGGUACUCUUUUCGACGUUCGUCGUCAUUUUCAUUCAUGCUUACUUGCAAUAAUCUAAUAUGGCGCAGUAGAUUCUACGUGGAAUUUGUGUGCUUAAUACAAAAUUUUGUGAUCCAAUAUGGAUAAAACAGCAUUCACAAUUUGGGAUCCUACCCAACCGAAUGCUAAGAUGCGUAUAAUUAAUAUUCCUGGCCAAGGCCAUACCCAAUAUAUAGAGUCCAUUUCUGGACUCAGCAAAACAACGAGACCAUCAGCGACCAAUGAACAAAUAAUUCUGCAGACACAUGACGGUCAAGAAUUUCUUGUAGACGAAAAUGAAAUUGGUCGAAUUGAUCAGAUUCCACCGGAAAAUUUAAUCUACAUGUCUGCUGAAGAUGGAUCCUUUAUCCAAGGCGAGGUUGUCCAUGUUCAAGCUGAAGGUCAGCAAGUUCAUCAGGAGCUGAUCAUGCAGCAAGAUCAGCAGCAAUAUAUGGAAUGUGAGGUAACAGAAGAAGUAAUUACAGACGAUUGGGUUCAGACAGACGGGCAAGACUGUGUACAGGUUACCGUUGAUCAACUGGGUGCAACGGCAGUGAUUGGUUCUGCUGAAGAUGAAGAAACGGUUCCGCUUCCGACAGAUCAGGAUGAGUACACUACGUCUCGGCCAUAUCCCUGUGAUUUCUGCAGCCGACGGUUUCGAAAGAAGGCAAAUUUAAUGAACCAUAUGAUUGCCCAUUCAAAUGAUAGACCACAUAUUUGUAACUUAUGUGGUGCACGGUAUAUGCGACGCUGCGAUCUGUUGAACCAUCUUAAACUGCACGCCUACUCAACGGAUGAUCACGAAGAACCGAUCAGAAGCGAUCCCGAGGACGAUUACGAUUAUGAAUUGUCCAAUUCUCCACUAACAAGCCCAGAUAGACGCUCUCCAUCUUUAGAAGGCGACGAUAACGACUUGCUAGUUCCGGCAUCAAUACAAUAUCGUACACCCAAAUCAAAGCAAAUUAAAAGACCUCGUGCCAAAAAUAGUGGGAGUGCCGGAAGACCCAACAAAAAAUCAUCUACCUCAUCAGUCAGAAAUCGACCGUGUCAAACACAGCAUAAGUUCGACAGCUCAUUCAGUACCUCAAUUGAACCGUUUGUUAAUCUUCCUCCAAGAUUUCCGGUCACCGAUGAACGUAAACCAUUCGUCUGCCAGCAUUGUGGUAUUUCGUUUGCUAGAGAAAAAGCUCUUGCAUCACACUCUCGAGUGCACGGUGGAGAUUGUCAAUUUGAGUGUGAAACUUGCGGUGAUCGGUUUUGGGAUAGAACCAUGCUGCAAGACCACAUUCGUCAACGCCAUGCCGCCAAUCUGGUGGUCAUUGGACCUAAACCAACCAAAGCCCCUUACACACCAUUUCAACAAGAAAUCGAAAUUCCUAAUCUGGAAGAUGAAACUACCAAACAUUAUUAUUGUGACAGUUGCGGAGCGAUGUUUCCGAAACCAGACCAACUUAAACGUCAUAUAAAACAGCUUCACAGUGCUGAAGAACCGAUGCUUGAACCAAUAAGUCAAAUAGUCCGGCAGAGGCAACAGCAUAGCCAGCAAGCUGCAGAUUGCGACCAAGAAGAAGACGACCAAGAUCAGUGUGAUGAAGCCGAAGCGCAGACACCCUUGUCCUGUAACGUUUGCGGCGAGAACUUUGCCGAAGCGUUAGAUUUAUUAGCUCAUGCAGAAAUCCACACGCGGUUCGAGCCACACAGGUGUCAAUUAUGCAGGGAAACAUUCGUUGACGAAAAAACCAUCAAAGAUCACGUUCAACGGACCCACAAUACUGAGCUUACAGACACUAGCUGCGUGGUUUGCGGAAAAUCUUGUAAAACUCAUGCCGCGCUGCUCAAGCAUGCUUGGGAACAUUCGCGUGAGCGCUUAAAUCACGGAACGCAUUGCUGUUCUAAAUGCGGUAAGACUUUCUACAACAAGGCUCGCCUAAAACGGCAUAUGGUUUCGCACCGCAAUAAAUCGGUCAAAUGUGAAGUUUGCUUAGAGGAGUUCCCCGAUGGGAGAAGCCUGAUGAACCAUCGACAUUCGCACACCAAGUCUCGCCAGUUUCCGUGCAAUGAAUGCGGUAAAACCUUCGGUUCCCGUUCAUCCCAACAGAUCCACCUUAGAAUCCAUUCUGGUGAACGACCUUACGGAUGCCGCUUUUGCUGGAAAGCGUUCGCUGAUGGAGGAACCCUGCGGAAGCAUGAGCGUGUUCAUACUGGCGAAAAACCUUACGGCUGUUCUGUUUGUCCUCGCGCGUUCAAUCAACGAGUAGUGCUCCGAGAGCACAUUCGCUCCCAUCACUCUGCUCCAGAUUCUAAACGAGGAAAUGCAGCACAACCAUACUUUUGCUCGGUUUGCACUCAGCUUUUCGAAUCAUCAGUGGAGUUAAUACAACAUUUGAUCCAACACAGUGAUCUGAACACGGCAAUGAAACGGCAGCCGCCGACAUUUCCGCGAAAGUAUAAACGAAGGAAAAAGCUUAAAUCGACGGAUGCCGAAAAACUCAAUUCGACGAAAUGGAAAAGAAAGGGCAACACUACUGUCGUGGAAGAAGCAGCGAGUGAUGAAGUGAUGGAGGAUGAAGAAUUGCUCAAAAAUCCGGCCGAGAUAUUACUCGAAUAUGGGACAGGAAAUUCCAACAAAAAGCUAAUCGCGUCUCCAAAGUAUAUUAACUCCUACGAGCUAUUAGCAUCUACAUCUGGCAUUACUCAUACAAAGCCCGGUAAUCUAGACGACAGCGGCAUCAAUCUAUUGAGCGAUGUAGUUAUAAUCAACAGUCCUCCAACGAAAAUGGAAUCCAAGUUUAAACCCGAAAUACCGGCAUCACCGAAACGUCGAGCGGGGAAACUACUAUCUACAACAGCGGCUUCCCAUACUAGCGGAAGUCAACCGAGCUCUUCAACAAGCAAUUCACGUCCUCGAAUGAUACAUACACAAAAAACUCGCGUGUCCGCCACAGAUGGGAAGCGUAAAACUAAAACGAUUAUAACUAAGGACGUUAAAUGCCAUCCCGAAGAUAGAGAAUAUUCGACUUUGGAAUUUAAGAGAGCUAAAAACCGGUCCGUAGCGACGUACCAGGAAAUUCCAUCAGAUAAAAUUUCAUCGGAAAGUUUUCCUCUGCUGGAUGACGGGCGUGAAGACGAUUGCGACGGAGAGGAGCAAACAGAAAACGAUGGUUUAACAACGGAUAUCAAUCGUAAGCAGGAUGUCUCGGAAUACGAAGAACUGCUCAGUCAAAAUUUACUUAUGGAGAUAUCGCGCAAAGAUAAAUACAUCGAUAAAUAUAAUAGUGACAUCGUCAACGAUCUAGAAGAGAUCCUGCGAUCGCCUAUUAAAAAUACCACUAAUAAUGUGCCACCGGCUGUAAUAAUGGCUACUCCAAAAACUAGUCAAAGUAAGCAGUAUGAAACGACGACAAAAAAUCGGGAAGAUAAACUCCCCAACAAAUUGUCGAAGUAUAGCAAAACAAACGAACAAUCACUUACAUCUGUCCUUCGAAGUCAACGUCUGACACGUCGCCAACUAGAACGAGAAGUUAACUUUCUACGUGAAGCUUAUGCAACGGACUCGAUAACUAUCAAGCAAGAGAAAGACAGUCCGGAUAAGUUAUCGACCAUGUUAUUAAAUGACUUACAGACAACCUCGUCAACAUUUGUCCACCCAAAACGGGAGCCAUUGCAAAACGUACCGAUGGGUGAGACACUACUGGAGACUCUCCAACCAGAACGUUUUGAAUGCGAAAUGUGUUCUGCCACAUUCGAGGACAGAUCUCAGCUGUUGCUGCAUGUGCCGAUUCACAUUUAAACGUUUUUGUUAUAAAAGUUACUAUUUCCUAUUUUUUCAUAUCUAAAGCUUUUCAAAAAUGUUGAAACAUUUUACGCUUUUGUUGAUGCUAACUUUUUAUGAUAAAAUAGAACGUUAAAAUUAUCUACUCGCGAAAUGCGAAGUAAUUGUAAAUGUUUCUUUGAAAUAAAGUUGAAGAAGUCAAUAAAA